UUUCCUGUGUUUCCUCUUCGAAAUGGCGACCGUCUCUGCAGACAAGAACAUUGUUGGUUUACUAAAUGGACUUGCUAGACGACAAUACUUCGGUGAAUCUGAAAUAACGGACGAGUUUCUGYACAAUGAAUUGUUCUCUGAACUUUCAGAAGAAGAGUUUGAAGGCACUCUCAAACGGUGUGAGGGAAUUAUGCGCAAUAUUGUUGCUUCUGAUAUGGACUUCAACCAGCUUGAAGCGUUCUUGACCUCCCAGACAAAGAAACGUGAAGGUGCMCUUACGCUGGAACAAGCAGCUGCUUUCAUGAAGUUCUGGAGAUCUCAGAAGAAUAAGAUUCAUGAGAGUUUGGUAAAUAAAGCGCUAUGGGGAAAUAGACUGAGUGRUGUAAGAUGGCGAGUAGACGUGAAGACACAGGCCCGUCAUGUCGAGCAGAUCAACGUUCCAGUUGCUGUGGUAGAAAUGAAGAUUGAAAACAAAACAUCACAGAAUUCUAACGGCGGGAAGGAGAUAUUACAGUUUGAGAUGGACCAAAGUCAGAUAACCAAGAUGCUAAACAAUAUAGAAGAUAUCGAAAAGCGUAUUUCCACCUACACCCAGUCGUCAUAAACACAGAUACCAGAUGGAGAACACUUGCAUUAUUGCCUUUAUUAGUUGCAUUAGCAAAUUGUAAAAAUGAAUAAUAAAUUUYUUAUUUGAUUGUCUUUUAA